AUGUCUGAUAUCAGCGAGAAACUCAAGAAUCCAAUCCUGACCUUCGCCGUCUAUACGACAUCCAUGGUGUUUCUUAACGACUUGGACUCCACAGAGGAAGAUUACCUGCGGCAAGACAAUCUCGACUUCAUUCUUCGUAUUAUCAGUCUAGCUUCUAAGACAUUGAACAAUCCCGUGACAGGGUCAAUGGCCGUGCAGCUUGCAAUGGAUAUGCGACAGCGCGGUCUUGUUUCUGCGGCAAUCGAAAAGGGAGGCGCCCAUGAGUACUAG